AUGAGACUACCCAGCCGCCGCCGGAGUAUCGCAGGCGGCACGGCGUUGAAUCAACGUAGCAGCCACACCGACGACGGCCGCCGCAUCCCAUCCAAGGUGCCCCACCUCCCUGACAGGCUAGCCGGCAUCACAAAUCGCCAUUGGAGCGAGCAGCCGGAGCUAGGAUUGACCACCGUGGGAUGUGGGCGGGGCCCAUCUGUCAGCGUCAACCUCCUCCUUCUUCCUCCUCUCUCUGUGGCAUUUUCCCAAACACCUCGUGCGCACCUGCGCGCCACCUCCGCCGCCAUCCGCCGGGCUCGACAGGGAGGGCCCGGCGUCGCGCCCCGCCUCGGCCUGCUGCUGCGCUUGCCUCGCACGCUUGAGCUGGCGCCGCGCGCCCCGCCAACCUCUCGCAGCUCCCUCGCUCACCCGCACCCUGCCGUUGGCUGCCGCGCUCCCCUGCUCUCCUUGCUGAUGCGUGCUGCUGCUGCUGCAUCGCAGCCCGCCGCCGCGCCACCCGCGCGUGCCCCGCCGGCGACUGGCCGCACCUGCCGAGCCGCGCCACCGCCGCCCCCGCCUGCGCCGCAGCCGUCCCGCGCCGCUCCGCCCGCGAUGCCUGCUGCUGCCGCUCCGGGCUGCUGCUGCUAG